UACAAAUGUACAAAUGUACAAUUUUUAAACAGAAUCGAAAAAAAUCUAACGAAAAAAUAGAGGUUAUGUAGUCAAAAUAUAAACAUCAAAAGCUGUGAUCAAAAGCAUCUGAAAACUGAAAACGUUUCAAAAGUUCUGUUGUAAAUAUAAAUUAUUUAAAAUCAUGAAUGUUUUAACAAGAAAAAACCCCAUUUUUACUUGCGCCAAAAAUAUAAUUCGUUUUAAUAGUACUAAAUCGCAAGAGGUCAUAAAAAAAUUGGUGAAAAAUAAUAAGGUAGUUGUAUUUAUGAAAGGUGUACCUGAACAGCCCCAAUGUGGAUUUAGUAACGCUGUAGUCCAAAUAUUAAGAAUGCACGGUGUUAAUUAUGAUGCACAUAAUGUGCUACAAGAUGAAUCCCUUAGACAAGGAAUCAAGGAAUAUUCAAAUUGGCCAACAAUUCCUCAAAUUUUUAUAAAUGGAGAAUUUAUAGGAGGUUGUGAUAUAAUGCUGCAACUGCAUCAGUCAGGUGAUCUUAUUGAAGAAUUAGAAAAAGUUGGUAUUCGUAGCACUUUGUUAGACAAAAAGGAUGAAAAUAAUCCAAAGGAGUCACAAAAGUAGCGUUUUAUAUAUCAAAUAUGUGAAUAAAGUUAACUGUGUUUUGUUAUUGUAAUAGGAUAGUUCAAUAUAGUUUUACAUAACCCAGUAUCGGGAACCCUAAUACUAACAGAGUAGGUAAUCAUUAGGUAAUAUCCCUGUUUAAAAUUCAUAUACAAGGGUAAUAUAGUAAUAUAGAUGCUGUUGAUAUUUAGAAAUGUAAAUAAAGUUGUAUUAUAUCUAUAAACUAUAAUAAAAAUUGGGUUACC